AUGCCCCUGUUUGGAUUCACUGGUAACGAGGUUCAGUCGGUUAGCCAGAUGAAAUUGGCCAUUUCGCUUGGUGAAGAGCCGCUCAAAAGGACGCGGGCCACUAACUUCAUCGUAGUGGACACGCCCUCGGCGUACAACGUCAUUUUAGGCCGACCAGCCCUCAGUGAAUUCCGGGCUGUCGUCUCAACAUUAUAUCAGAAGAUCAAGUUCCCUGUCGAGGACCAAGUGGGAGAAGUCAGAGGCGAUCAGUUGGCAGCGCGGUGCUGCUAUGUGGAAAUGAUUGAAGAACGCAGGUGCUACAUACCAGUGGCUCAUGAACAAAGUGUUCCAGAAGUAGAUCGAGCGAAACCUAGAGAUAUAGAGGAAACCUUUGGGACGCUGAGGACAUACGGGGUCAAGCUAAAUCCCCAGAAGUGUCUGUUCGGAGCAAAAAGUGGGCGCUUCCUGGGGUACAUUGUGACCGAGCGAGGCAUAGAGACCGCCGACUGGAGCUUGCCAUUUUUUAAGAUUCUGCGCCGAGCCACUAAGUUCCAAUGGGACACAGAGUGCCACAAAGCCUUCAAAGAGCUCAAAGUAUACCUCAAUUCCUUACCUGUGUUAGCCAAGCCGGUCGCUAGGGAAGCCCUUAGAGUUUACUUGUCCUCGACUGAAUAUGUCGUCGGGUCGGCUCUUGUGAGGUCGGACGGUGAAGAACAACCUGUGUACUUCUUAAGCCACAUACUAAAGGAUGUUGAGUCUCGCUACACUGGUCUCGAGAAGUUAGUCUUUACGCUGGUACUUGCCGCUCGAAGGCUCCGCCCUUAUUUUCUGGCGCACCCGAUCGUUGUGAUAACGAACAUCCCCCUGGGGAGGGCCCUUCUCAAUCCAGAGGCAUCCGGUCGGUUAAUCAAAUGGAUCACAGAACUUAGUGAAUUUGACAUACGGUAUCAUCCCCGGACGGCUAUCAAAGCGCAGUCGUUAGCAGAUUUUGUCACUGAGGUACCAUAUCCCGAGCCCAAAGCCACCUGGAGGGUGUACGUGGAUGGAUCGUCCACUCGGCAAGGAAGUGGGAUCGGUGUGAUGUUAAUCUCCCCCCACGGAAAACGGAUGCAUUUGUCCAUACUGCUGGAUUAUCGAGCGACCAAUAAUGAAGCAGAGUAUGAGGUGUUGAUAGCGGGCCUGCAGGCCACUCGGCAUGUGGGAGCCAACAAGGUCUUGAUUCAUUCCGAUUCACAGUUGACGGCUCAGCAACUCUCGGGAGCAUUCGAGAUAAGCAACGUCAGGCUCAAGCUUUAUGCGGGAGCCUUCAAAAAACUGAAGGCCAGUUUUCGAGAGGUGCUCAUCCAGAAGAUCCCCCGAGCAGAGAAUCAGGCUGCAGAUGAGUUGGCUAAGCUUGCCAGCUCGAUAUCACCAAUUGUCAUCCAACAAUCAAUCGAGCAGGUAUCUUUGGUCGCCCACAUCGACCGAAUGGAGGGGCUCACAUUCCCAAAUGACUGGCAGACGACUAUAGCAGAAUUUCUAAGGUCAGGGGCAACACCUUCCGAUCGGGAGGAAGCGCAUCUGCUCAGGAAGAGAGCUGGUCACUUCGUCCUCAUUGGCGACCAGCUCUACAAAAAAUCGUUCUCCAGGCCUCUGCUCAAAUGUGUUGGUUCGGAGGAUGUGGACUAUAUUCUGCAAUAG